AUGAAAGGAGAUUAUAAUUUUUUUUCAGAUAAAAAAGAUGAUCCUUUAGAUGCAUUUUGUCCAAAAUUAUCUUAUCAAUAAAGAUUAUAUGGAUUUUUGAUUUGUAGUGGAACAGGUAUUCUAAUUAGUUCUAUAACAUUUAGGUUGGUUUUUAGAAUUUUGUGCAUUUAUUGCAUUUUUUUAAGGAAAUGGCAAAGAAUUUGCAAUAAUAUUUUCAAUAGGAAAUUUAGUUGCAAUAUGUAGGUAUUAAUAGCUUAUUGAAUAGUUUAGUACUUUAUUUUUAUCAGGUCCAAAAGAAUAAUGUAAGAAAAUGGCUGAUAAAAGUAGAUUAAUAUCUACAAUUAUAUUUUUUUCAACAUUGACAAUAACACUUGUAUUAGCAUUUGCAACCGAUUUAACAUUUUUAACUUUACUCAUGACAUUAGUAUAAUUUUGCGCAUAUAUUUGGUAUUUGAUAGUAUUUGAAUAGGUAUGUGUUGAGUUUCAUUCCAUUUGGUUAAAAGUUAUUAAAAAAAUUCUUUUCAGGAUGCUGUGAAUUAGAAUGA